UGAUAAACAAAUAGUUCAAAGAGCACGUGAAUGGUUUUCUAAGUCGUGCUAAAUUGGAUUUCACGGGGAUCACUUCCAUCAUUUGCUUGUGUAUGAACUCCAUUGGAGACGGAAUCRAUUCCCUGUCAAUUCAUCCUCGCCAUCCUCCACUCGAACUCAUCUGAUACUAAGCCUUCAGACUGGCAACAUCACUGGACUAGAGUUCACUCCAGACCAAGAUAUGGAUGCGCUUAUAUUCCAAGAUUUUGCGUCAGUUGCAUCCAUGACAGGCCAAGGAAAAAUAAAUCAACUUGGUGGCCUCUUUAUUAACGGCAAACCCCUUCCGAAACCUUUGCGUCUUAGAAUAAUCGAGUUAGCACGGCUAGGAGUACGCCCAAGUGACAUUAGUAGACAGCUUCGAGUUUCCCAUGGUUGUGUUAGUAAGAUUCUUAACAAAUAUCAAGAAACAGGCUCAGUUGAACCAGGUGCAUCUCCCUCGUAUAAGAGAAAAGAAAUCUCGCAAAUAGUUCUGGCCAAGAUUGAGGAAUACGUUCAAGGCCAGCCGGAUAUAUUCUCAUGGGAAGUGAGAGACCGGUUGAUACGAGAGAAAGCCUGCUCGAAGCUAACAGUUCCUUCUUUGGAAGCUGUYAGUAAAGUUAUUAAGACUUGCGCGAACAAGUUCCAUAAAAAUGAAGCUGCGAGAAAAAACGGUCUGAGAGGAARCCCUAGUGGGAAGAGUACCAGCGGAGAUGCCGACAAAAAAGAGAAUCCAAGUUCAACGAGGUUUUCUGGACCGUUUUCAAUCUCCAAUAUUCUUAAUCUACCCUCAAGCGAUUCCGAUGAAGACAAGAGUAAAGUUGAAGGGAUUGAAAGCAGUGACGAAGAAAGCGAUAUUCAAGAGGAAAAUCAAAACGGCAAGAGAUCAAAGGAAGAAAGAAGAACUGAAUUGAGUCUGCCUUCUCACAAACCACGACGGAGCAGAACUCGCUUUACGAUGCCGCAGACGGAAGAGUUAGAAAAGGCUUUCCAUAAAACUCACUAUCCUGAUAUCUAUGCUCGAGAAGAGCUAGCACAACGUCUGGGAUUAAGCGAGGCAAGAGUUCAGGUCUGGUUUUCGAACCGACGAGCUCGUCUUCGUAAAGAACGACUUUUACCGUGCUCCGAUGACUUUUUCUACUCGCCCAUGGCACACUAUCCUUACGCCCUUCUUCUACAAUCCUCUCAAUGUCAGCCGCUGACCAGCUCUUUUUCCACCGAUUGCAUGCCCUUCUACUAACACUUCAACUGCUAUCUCAACAACCCAAAAUAACUCACAAUCAUUUAUCGAUYCAAAGCAAUUUUUUUUCGAUUUUUUAAAUAUAUACAUAUUCAAUUACAGCUAUUUUUGUUUAAGAUUACACUAAAUUAAUUCAAUUACACAAUCUUUCUUCGGCAACGUCAGUCGAAAUUAUCGUGAAAUUUCAGUUGCUGGACUUUUYAUAAAACAUGCUAAAAGAUCAACUCGAAAACUGCCUUACUUAGGGAUAGGUAUUGAUUUCUGUAUCCUAUUUAUUGUGCCAGUUAAGGGGCGUCUCUCAAGGUAGAUUACUGAAUGAAUGCAAGCUUUAAAAGUAAACUACCUAGCUUCUAAAAUCUCUGCGAGUUUUUGAAACACAGCGCGAGGUAAAACACUCAAUAACUCCUGCAAGUUUUCGUGCUCAUUAGUCCUGAAUAAACGUGAUACUUCUYUGUGAA